AUGCACGAGAGCACGGAUCCGCUGCUCCUCAAGGGGAAGGGCAGCGGCAAUGCCUUGGGGAACGCAUUGGAUUUCCUCCUUUUAUUUCAAAAAUACUGUGUCCAGGGGGCUGGACCCACGGAAGAGAGGCUGGAGAAAGAAGAGCAGGCGAAGCGUAGAACGGAAUCGAUUGAAAAAACCAAGGAGUGGAAGGCUCGCACGGACUUGUUUCCGAGAAUAUUUACUGAAGGAUUACCAGGCGAAAAGCGAGGAAAGGAAGACCAGAGAGCCCUUCAAGCGAGGGUACUCAGCUCGGUUCUGCACACGAUUUUUGCUUUCAUCCGGAAAGUGAUUAUGCAGGCCGUACCGUUUUCGGUGAUCGGGAAGAUAGCAGAGCAGACACCUGAGACAGUCUAUCGCCGAGGUAGUAUUUGA